AUGGCAAAUGAAAAUUCAUAUAGAAUAUUAUCUAGUGGACGUAAACUUGAAAUUGGUUCAUCUGUUAAUCGUAUAUUAAAAAGUGGUCGUUGUCUUAGUGAUAAUGAAUCAACACAUAAAAAACAACGUACACUUUAUUCACAAAUUGGAACAAUAUUACAUAAUAAUAAUGAAUAUGAGAAUGAUUAUAAACAACAACAAGAAUCAUCAAUAAAAUCAAAUCAAAAUCAUAAUAAUGAACGUAAACAACGUGAAAAUGAACCAACAAAAAAACUUCUUUUACAAGCUGUUUCUGAUGCAAAUAAAAGUGUUUUAAUGAAAUUAAAUAAAACAAAUGGUAUUGUUAAAGUUAUGAAACCAGAUGGUACAACUGAAUGUUUAACAACAAGAACAUUAGCAAAACGUUUAAAAGCUAAAGAACCAACAUGGAUUGAUCCAACAAGUUUAAUUCAUAAAAGUGAACCAACAUUAGGUAAAAUGAAAAUUUGUAUUCGAAAUGAAUAUUGUUCAACAACAGAUGAUGAUAAUAAAUCAAAUCAUGAACAACAUAUAUCACCUAUGGAAUUUGAAGAUGAUGAUGAUGAAGAAGAUGAAUUUGUUGUUGUUGUAAAUAAUGAUUAUGAAACUGGUGAUGAUAUAAAUAAUAUUUGGAUGAUAAAUGAUUAUCCAUAUAAUGAUAAUGGAAAUAAUAUAAAUUCAAAUGAAUAUGAAGAUGGACGAGGAAAUGGAACGUUUAAACGUAAAUUAAGUGAUGAUAUGAUGUCAGAUGAUAAUGAUCAACCACAAUAUUCUCCACCAACAAAUCCAUUAUCAACAUCAGGAAAAAAAUUAAAACGUUGUCGUUUUUGGCCUGAUUGUCAUAAUGGUGAUCAAUGUGAAUUUAUUCAUCCAAAUCAACGUUGCACACAUUUUCCGAAUUGUGUUUAUGGUACAGAAUGUUUAUAUAUUCAUCCACCAUGUCGUUUUGGUAGUAUUUGUUCAAAAUCUAAUUGUCCUUAUUUACAUUCAUCAUCAACUCCUGCAUCAUCACCUUCAUCAACAAAUAAUAACAAUGUAACUACUGGACGAUCAUCAAUAACAAAUCGACAAGAAAGUUCAAUUAUAUGUAAAUUUGGUAUUCAAUGUAUGCGUCCAAAUUGUAUGUAUUCACAUCCUCGUAUGUCAUUGCCAUCUGCUCGUAAUUAUAAAUGGGUCAAUAGUAAAUGGCGUGCAUCUGAUGAUAUGCCAAUAUUACCACCGACAUCAAAAAAUAUUGUUUAUGAAAAUCCAUUUAUUAUCGAUAAAACAACAAUAACUAAGGAUACAAAUAGUAAUGAAAAUGAGAUCGAAAAAUGA